UGAGGUGUUCCCUUGUUUGUCUGGAAGUAGCUAGCAAGCUUGCCAACUUUAGCCAGUGAGCUUGGGUGUUUGAUUGCCGUUGUGAGGUCAGAACUCUCGGAUCAACCCUUCUCCUCCGUCAGAGCUUCCAGUGUGCGCUCUGAACGGAUAAUUUAACAGCGAUCCGAAUUUACAAACGGCCCCAGAGCGGCGCACUCUGACACACUGGAGACAAUUUACGAAUGCUCCCUAAGUAGACCAGACCCAGCUUCUAUGGGAUACACACUCAGUUAUGUAGACCGGAACGGGCUUUUUCGGGUGGUAAUCUUUAUUUAUUCAGAAUCUUUGGUUUGCCAAGAAGAACCAAAGUUGAGAACUUGUAGUCAUUCAUUCAUGAACGUAAUUGUAUUAUUAGCCCUGUGUUUAUUUGAUUAAUAUAGCUAGUUCUAUUGUACACACAAAAUGUUUGCGGGCCUGCCUGAGCUUGGGAUAUCUAAUGGCGAGGAUCUAAAAGAAACACUGACCAACUGCACAGAGCCUCUGAAAGCCAUUGACCAGUUUCAGACAGAAAAUGGCAUUUUGUUACCAACUCUUCAGUCAGCUCUUCCCUUCCUGGACCUUCACGGAACUCCUCGGUUGGAGUUUCACCAGUCUGUCUUCGACGAGCUUCGUGACAAGUUGAUGGAGCGAGUCGCCACUAUCGCGGAGGGCAAGGAUGAGGACCGUUAUGGUAAACUUAAAGAGCUGCUGGAGAAGAGCUUUCCGCUGGUGAAGAUGCCUUCCAUUCAGCCAGUGGUCAUGCAGGUGCUGAAGCAUCUUCCAAAGGUACCAGAGAAAAAGCUGAAGCUUGUGAUGGCUGAUAAGGAACUGUAUAAGGUCUGUGCUGUUGAGGUGAAGAGGCAGAUCUGGCAGGAAAACCAGGCUCUCUUCGGAGAUGAGGUCUCGCCCUUGCUCAAGCAGUAUAUCGGCAAGGAGGCAGCACUUUUCAGCAGUGAUCUCUCUAUUCUGCACAACUUCUUCAGCCCCUCCCCCAAAGCAAGACGCCAAGGAGAGGUAGUCUUGAAACUGACCCAGAUGAUUGGGAAGAAUGUGAAACUAUAUGACAUGGUGCUCCAGUUUCUGCGAACACUUUUCCUGCGUACUCGUAAUGUCCACUACUGCACCCUGCGUGCAGAGCUGCUCAUGUCCCUCCAUGACCUGGACAUCAGUGAGAUCUGCUCAGUAGACUCCUGCCACAAGUUCACCUGGUGCUUAGAUGCCUGUAUCCGUGAGAAGUUUGUGGAUGCCAAGCGAGCCCGGGAGUUGCAAGGUUUUCUGGAUGGAGUGAAGAAAGGACAGGAGGAAGUACUUGGGGACCUGUCCAUGAUACUGUGUGACCCAUUUUCCAGUAACACCCUGGUUUUGAGUACGGUCCGAAACCUGCAAGAAUUGCUAAGCCAGGAUGCUCUACCCAGAGACAGUCCAGACCUGAUGCUGUUACUCAGAAUGCUGUCUCUUGGACAAGGUGCUUGGGAUAUGAUUGACAGCCAGGUCUUUAAAGAGCCUCGAUUGGAACUGGAAGUUGUGACACGUUUUCUCCCAGCCAUGUUGUCAGUACUUGUGGACGACUAUACCUUCACUGUAGAGCAGAAACUCCCUAGUGAGGAGAAGACCUCCCUCUCCUACCCCACAGCCCUGCCUGAUAACUUCAACAAGUACCUGCAGGAGAACAGGGUGGCUUGUGAGAUGGGUCUGUACUACGCACUCCACAUUGCCAAGCAGAGGAACAAGAAUGCCUUACAAAGGUUACUUCCUGCAUUGGUGGAGACCUACAAUGACAUGGCCUUUGGGGACAUCUUCCUGCACCUCCUGACAGCACACCUCACCUUGCUCUCUGAUGAGUUUGGGACUGAAGAGUUCUGCUCUGCUGUGUUUGAUGGCUUCCUCCUCAACUCUUUCUCCAGUAAAGACAAUGUCCACAGACACAACCUACGCCUGUUGCUUCACCUUCACCAGAAAGUGCUGCCAUCUUGUGUGGAGACCUUAGUGAAAACCCUGGAACCCUCAAAACAGAGCAGUGACCAGGUAAAGGAGCUGUACACCAGGCUGACAGAGAAACUGGAGGCCCAAAAGAAGAGUCCUCCCCAGCCAGACGAAGCCCACUCCCUGGACCUCCAUCCUGUUAAAGUGCCCACUACAGCUUCCACUCCAACAACAUCGCUCUGAGAGAGGAGGUGGUAGGGAGCAGCAAAAGAAGGAAACCAAUUAGUCUGAAAAAAUGGAUGCUGAUAUUACAUGUUGAAUUUAGGUUGGCUCAUGAAACUAUAAAAAAAUGACUAAAUGUAAUUUCCUCUAUGGGUACUAUGGUUAAGGUUUAGUUUGUUUUCUAAUACUUGUUUUAUUAAGAUGUCGUAUUUGAAGCAGUUUUCCAGCUUUAACAAUGUAACUCAGUUGCCAAUGUUUUUCAGUGUGAAUUAUUACUUUUUAAUUUUAGAAAUACUUAGUCUUGCUUAAUUAUUGUUAUAAGUAUAUGUGUGUGUAUGUACUGUUUGUAUUGUGUCAGUGGUGACGCAAGCUUUAAAUAAAUUAAUUUAGAAAUGGUUAAAAAAGUUUAUACUAUAUAUAGACGAGUAUGUGGACACCCUUAGGAUCUCUAGACGAACAUCGGCAGUAGAAUGGCCUUACUAAAGAGCUCAGUGACUUUGUGUGGCACCGUCAUUGGAUGCCACGUUUCCAACAAGUCAGUUCAUCAAAUUUCUGCCCUCUUAGAGCUGCCCUGGUCAACUGUAAGUGCUGUUAUUGUGGACGUGGAAACGUCUAGGAGCAAGAACAGCUCAGCUGCGA